UACGACUCUGGGGCUCUCAAGGCGGCCUCUCGUGCGAUCCUGGGCGUGCAGGGCUGGGAGAGCGAUCCAGGGCCCCUGCUCUCAGUGCCGGAGGUUGGAAGAGGGUGAGUCGCCACUGCUCGAGGGCAAGAGCGCUACAGGAGUUGGAGGAAGGAGCGCCCGUCCGCCCGCCCGCCGGCCGCCGCCUCGCUGCCUCUCCGUGCUCGCUCUCUGGACUCCUAGGUUUGCUGGCUGCUCCUCCCAUCCGCGCCCGCCUCCUCUCUCGCUUGAUCGCUCGCUGGAGCUGGUUUCCAAGCCCUGCGGUGCGCUUGGGCGAGUGCGGGGCGAGGGGCCCCGGGCCAGCACCGAACAAGGGGCGGGGGUCGGGGCAGAGCGCAGCCUGCCGGGGAGGGGCCAUGUCUGGCGCGGGCGCAGCGGGGCCCGUCUGCAGCAAGUGACUGAGCGGCGCGGACGGCUGCCUGCCCCCGUCUGCCACCUGGGGCGGCGCGGCCCGGAGCCCGGAGCCCGGGUCGCGCGUAGAGCCGGCGCGAUGCACGUGCGCUCUCUGCGCGCUGCGGCGCCUCACAGCUUCGUGGCGCUCUGGGCACCCCUGUUCCUGCUGCGCUCCGCCCUGGCCGACUUCAGCCUGGACAACGAGGUGCACUCGAGCUUCAUCCACCGGCGCCUCCGCAGCCAGGAGCGGCGGGAGAUGCAGCGUGAGAUCCUCUCAAUCUUGGGCUUGCCCCAUCGCCCGCGCCCCCACCUCCAGGGCAAGCAUAACUCGGCGCCCAUGUUCAUGCUGGACCUAUACAAUGCCAUGGCGGUGGAGGAGGGCGGCGGGCCCGACGGCCAGGGCUUCUCCUACCCGUACAAGGCCGUAUUCAGCACCCAGGGCCCCCCUCUGGCCAGUCUGCAAGAUAGCCACUUCCUCACCGAUGCCGACAUGGUCAUGAGCUUCGUCAACCUCGUGGAACACGACCGAGAAUUCUUCCACCCGCGCUACCACCAUCGGGAGUUCCGGUUUGAUCUUUCCAAGAUCCCAGAAGGGGAAGCUGUGACGGCAGCAGAAUUCCGGAUCUACAAGGACUACAUCCGGGAACGCUUCGAUAACGAGACGUUCCGGAUCAGUGUCUACCAGGUGCUCCAGGAGCACUUGAGCAGGGAAUCAGACCUCUUCCUGCUGGACAGCCGAACACUCUGGGCCUCGGAGGAGGGGUGGCUGGUCUUUGACAUCACAGCCACAAGCAACCACUGGGUGGUCAACCCGCGCCACAACCUGGGCCUGCAGCUCUCGGUGGAGACUCUGGAUGGGCAGAGCAUCAACCCCAGGCUGGCGGGCCUGAUUGGGCGGCACGGGCCCCAGAACAAGCAGCCCUUCAUGGUGGCCUUCUUCAAGGCCACGGAGGUCCACUUCCGCAGCGUCCGGUCCGCAGGGAGCAAGCAGCGCAGCCAGAACCGCUCCAAGACGCCCAAGAACCAGGAGGCGCUGAGGAUGGCGAACGUGGCAGAGAGCAGUAGCAGUGACCAGCGGCAGGCCUGCAAGAAGCAUGAGCUGUACGUCAGCUUCCGCGACCUGGGUUGGCAGGACUGGAUCAUCGCGCCCGAAGGCUACGCUGCCUACUACUGUGAGGGGGAAUGCGCCUUCCCUCUGAACUCCUACAUGAAUGCCACCAACCACGCCAUUGUCCAGACGCUGGUCCACUUCAUCAACCCGGAGACAGUACCCAAGCCCUGCUGUGCUCCCACACAGCUCAACGCCAUCUCUGUCCUCUACUUUGAUGACAGCUCCAACGUCAUCCUGAAAAAAUACAGAAACAUGGUGGUCCGGGCCUGUGGCUGCCACUAACCCCUCCUGAAAACCAGACCCUCGGGGGAUCUUCUGGAUUGUCCUCUGCCCAGCCUGGCUGGGAGUCAGCAGACCAGCUGCGUUCUGUGGGACCUUUCCUUCCCCUGCUCCAUCUUUAAAGGUGUAAGCGUAUUAAGGAGUUUGAGUGGCAAAUGGCUUUUGAUCAGUUUUGGGGCUGCAUCAUCCAAUGGGCAAGAUUCUACAGGCUGCUACGGGCAAAACCUAGCAGGAAAAAACACAAAGAAAAUUUGCCUGGCUAAGGUCACUGGCUGUGAAGUCUCAGCUGUGUUCGGACUCGUUUUCCAGAGGUAAUUACGAGUGCCCGCCAGUCAGCCAGGCCACCCAGCAGCAGGGGAAGGGGGCGUGGCGAGGGGUGGGCAUAUUGGUGUCUGUGCCGAAGGAAUACUGACGCGGAAGUUCCUGUAAUAAAUGUCACAAUAAAACGAAUGAAUGAAAA